UUACAAUAACACAAGCCUCACUUUUUUUCAGCUAAACUAAAUGCAGAUGCAACACUUAAAUCCUGAGAUUUGUCUGUAAUCUGUUCAAAUUCAUACCAGUCUGAAGCAUUAAAUACAAUGAAAAAUGAUAAAUCUCUAUAAAAGUUUUGUCUCUUCUCCUCUGUUAAUUGGUUCCCGGCAAUAGAGCUCAGAAUGAAGAAAAGUGAGGAACAUAUUGAGAAGAAAGCGUUGGGUUGCUGCAGCACCGUGUUGGCAUGUCUUCCCUCAAAAGCUUUAACUUCUAGUGCCACUGCAAAUCCUGCCAAAGGCAAGAGCAAUGAAGCUGCUUCUGAUGCCGACAACGAGUUGGAGGGGGAGGGGUUUGAUUUUUAUGCAACUCUUACGAAUCACAUAGAAAACUUCUUAAAUCAGGCCAGAGAUCAGGAUGAGAAGUGGUCAGAUCAGUUAGGAUCUGUUGCGGCUGGCAUGUUCACUUCGGCUGGAUGGAUCAAUUCUUUGUCCACCUCCUCCAAGAACGCCUAUGAGAAGGGAGUCAUAUCCUUUUGGAUCAAAAUUGCUGUCGACAAUACAAGACUUUGAGACACACUUAGUGUUGUUCUAUGGAUGGAAAAGAUGCCAAUUAAAGUGGAGGCUAUACUAGUUAUGAUGCUAUGAACUUAGUGUAAUGCAAGCAAGCUAUGCUAUGUUUUUGAAUUUUUUUCUUGAAGUUUAAGGAUGAAAAUGCAACUAAGAAGAUGACUAUUCUUAUGAUUUUGGAUUGUGGAAACUUUUGAAUGCAAAUAUAAGGGUGCAAACCUAAGUGACUAAAGGGAAAAUCUAGACGUCAAAGAUUAAAAAAAUCUUCAUAAUGAUGGUUUUGUUGAAGUCUCACCUUUCACUAGACUUAUGAGGUACAGGCUUGACUUGUUGAUGGAGGAGAUAAAAGAAAGAUAAUAAGGUCAUUAUGUCCUAGAAAUGACUAAAUGUGGUAAAAAACUCAAUGUUUGCAUUGCAGAUCAUGAAAAUUGUAGUGGAGAUUUUACAAUCAUGAUACUCUAGUUUGGUUUUAGUUUCUGGUCACUUCUA